AUGGACAACGUGCUCGUGGUCGCGGAAGAGCUCUACCUCCUCAACCAGCGCUUCACCUUGGCGCGCGUCCAGCGCGUCUGGGAGAUGUACCGGCGCUACGUCAACCCGCACGUGACCGACGGCGGCUACGCACUCACUCUGGACGAGGUGCUCUUCGUGCUUGAGAUUCCUGUCGACGACGACGAGGUCGAGGUCCGCGCCUUCUUUGAGCGCAUGAAGGAGCGCAGUGCAACCGAGGCGCGCGAUGCCAUGGACAUGCUCGAGUUCCUCGUCGCGUUCACGCUCCUUAGCCGCGGAACCCUCCUCGCCAAGGCCCACUUCCUCUUUGCACUCUUCGACUUUGAUGUUGAGGACGAGAUGGACCAAGAAGAGCUCAGCCUUCUCAUGACACUGGCGAUGAGUGGCUUGCACAAGCUAGGACUUGUUGAAGAUGUGCCGGCGUUUGAUGCGAUCACGCAAAUGAGCGCCGAUGGAUUCGUCCGCCAUGGCGUCGCCGCCGGCGCCAAAAUGAACUUUAACCAGUUCCUGAACUGGGCGACGUUCGACGCCGACCCGCAGUCGCUCCUGCAGCGAUUCACGUGUGCGCUCCGACUGCACCACUUGGUGCAUGGCCUCAGCCGCCUUGCACACCGACAAGUCGAGCCCUACUACCGGUACCAGUUGGCGCUGCAGACGCCAUUGCCGCACCUCGACGCCAUUCGCGUGCUCUGCGGGCCUGUCGUCGGCAAGCGACAGGUGUCGGACACGACCAUCGACGUCUUGUACGAGUUUUCAACGGCAGCCACCGUAACGUUUUACGCCUUUGAUGACGACGACGUCGUCGACGCGCAUCGCCCACCAACCGACACGGCGUCCCGCCGGCGGCGUCUCGCAGAGUCGCACGUCCUCACCGUGAUGGGGCGGGAGCCCGUGCUGGUGACGUUUUCUGCGCUCACGCCCGGCGCUACGUACGUAGUUGGGCUCACAGGUGUUGCAAUCGGCGAUGCCAACACGCGGACUGCGCGCGUCAUGACGCGGCCGUCCACGGAUCACACUCUGUGCAUCACGGCGCUCAACCACGUGGGGCCCACGCUGCUGCCAUCCCACGACGCCCUCUCGGUGGCAACGGCCAGCGAGCUCUCGGCGGCCACGACGUCGCCCCGACUUGUGAUUCACUGGCACUUUGGGACCUUCUCGCCCGAAAUGGUUCUGCAUGCCGUCGCCCUCCUCGACCUCGACAACGCAACGUCGGUUCAGAGCACGAGAGACGCGAUCCAGUCCCAUUGUCGCCAGGCGUGGGCACCCCUCGACGGUGUCGCCACGACUGCUUCGAACCUCGUCGUUACUGCGUCCAAGGACGCGCUUUACAGCGCUUUUGACGCGUCGCAAAUGGCGCAGCUCCAGACACUGCCACAAGCCUCGCGUGCCUGGCUCGAGGCGUGCGUGCAAGCGAUGUGGGCGCGGUAUGUCACCGCGCUGCAGCCGCCGACCUCACUGUCCGCAGACGACAUCGCACUGUACCGGGACGGUCCUCUAUUGCUGCUGCACCUGCCGCAGACGCCAACCAGCGCCGAGACCCUCGGACACCUCUUACGCGACACCGCAUCGUCGGUUUGUGUGGUGCUGACGACGGCACCGCUGCUGCCACUGGAGGAAGCGCCGCUGGAAAUGGCGUCGACCCGUCGUUAUCUCGAUGCCUUGUCGCUGUGGCGCCUGCACGACACGGCGAGGCAGAUCGUGCUACUGGCGCCAACGCACGGUGCGGGGGCAACGUCGACUGUGCACAUCACGGGAACACCCUACUCGUUCCAGCAGCUUUUGUGUGGUGCGCUGCGCCAACGACGACCGCUCAUGCCGCUCGUGGACGUCUAUCCGACGUACGCCGUUGGUACAAUGUUUACUGUCGAGCACGCAGCAUGCCACUGGGAGACGCAGUUUGGCCAGCUGGAUGUCCGUGUGACGACAACUGCCGACGUUGUGCCGCAGAAUAUCGCGACCGCGCGAUGGGUCGCCCCGCCGCGCAUCGUGGUCGGUCCCGUCGUCGGUCUCGUCACGGCGCGGAGUGCCCAGCUGUUGAUCGAACUCGAUGAUGACGCGGUUGUGGUUGGCGAGGCCACGGACGUUGUGACGGAGACACGGUAUGUCUGCCGCCAACGGCUCUAUCGCGCCGAGCCUGCCGUACUGACGUUUGACAAUCUGCAGCCGCAACGGCGGUACCGUGGUCUGCUGGGCUGCGACGCACUGAUCUAUGUCCAGACGCCGCAAGAACGAGCGCCAUCGUUGCACGUGACUUGGGUCGGCGGCGACGAUGCCUUUGGCAACCGAGCUUUUCAGCCGGUGCAGUCGUUUUGGCCCGACUACCGCGAAAACAUGACGUCGUGGCCGGCCACAGACAUUGUGGUGCUCCUCCAUCGGACGUCGCUGAGCCUCGAGUCGAUCCGCGCAGCGAUGGCGCACUGGCGUGGCGCGCCGACGGCGGCCGAAAGCGUCGUCAAGCAGUUGUUUCGAGCGGCCUUUCUCACGCAGUGGACUGCGCAAGACAAUGCGGCGGUCUUGGCGCAUGGCAGCCACUGGUUUCUCGGUACAGGCUACGACUGGAGUGCAGUCAACGAGCCGAUUAGCCGCGACGUGGUUGUGUGGGCACGCCAAGUUGCCUUUCAAUACCAGCACCACGGUCUCUGGCCGACGCUCGAUCCCUUGCGCCGGUAUGGCUACCACUGCCAAGACGGCAUUGGGUUCUUGCACAUCGAUGUGCUCGAACAUCGCUUGGCGACAGACGAUAUCUACCUUUGCAAUACGCCGGAGCUGUUGAGCCCGACGCAAUGGCAGCUCGUCGAGUCCGUGCUCGUCCAGUCAACCGGCAUUUGCUGCACCGUGAUAUCGUGCAGCACGCCCAUUGUGUGGCAUGGACAUCGGCACGACGUCCCGUCUCGCUACCUCGGACUCGAGUGGGUUCUGUAUCCGGCCGAGCAGACGCGCCUUUUGUCAUUAGUCUUUUCUUGGAAAGCUGCGGUACCGGGGCGCGACCUCCUCUUUGUCUGUGCGGGGCCUCGAAGUGCGACGACAACACUGGUACACGAGGGUGUCUCGCUGACUCAAAUCGUCGUCGGCCCCGUCGCCUGCGUUGUGGACGACCUGCCGACGCCGCCGGACGCGAACGGCGCGCUCUGCGACGGCACAAUGGCCUUUGCCCACAACUUUGGCGCGUCGCCCGAGUAUACAAGCACGAUCUUGACGCCACACGCAACACAGGCGCGGUGGCGUCUCCACCGAAAUAUGCUGGCGCAGCCCAACGCCAAGAUUCUUGUCGGCCCCGUGCUCGGCAAGCUCACAGCGACAUCGGUUCGGAUCCUGAUUGAAGUCGACCGUGAUGUCAAGACGUGCGUCUGCGUCUGCACGAAGCUACACGCGACCGACCGCAUCACGGCUUCGAGUGCACUCUGCGCCUACACGCCGCUGGCAUUUUCGCUCGUCGAGCUCGCACCCGCGACCGAGUACAUUGUGACGUUCGAGGGUAUCGCACCGGCGUCGGUCGUGACACGCUUCACGACGCCAUCCACGACGCCCUAUGCCUUUUCAGUGCUCACGGUCCACGACACCAACUGGCACACCGUGCUCCAGCGGUCGGCUGACACGUCCGCGUCAUCGUCCUGGGCAGACAUCUUGCGCAGUCGGUCCAUCAACGCGACGGAGGCAGCGGCGACGGCGCAUACGAACGGCGACGUCCUCGGUGUCGACGGCGCCAAGAACCUCUGGCAGCGCGUCGAUCUCGACCACACGUCGGCUCCGCUGCGAAAGCCGAUUGUACUUGUGCACUGCGGCGGCCACGUCAACCUGCGCGUCGCAUUUAGCGACGCCGAGUUGGCGGCCAUUAUCACUCGUCUUGUGGCCAUGGACGAAGCGCACUGGGUCUCCGUGCUGCCCGAGCUGCGACACGCGAUGCAAGAAGCCUACCGCGUCCAGUGGAACAUGCCGCCUUUCCGAGACGCGCUGCGCAACUGCAGCAACCUCAUGCUGUUUGACGAGACGGACUUGUUUUUUCGCCUCUCGGUGAUCGAGGGACGGCUCGAUGAUACAGUGGACGCAGCCAAGGCGGCGCGGGUGCUUCAGCUGCUGCGGGAUACCGCGUACCACGUCUGGCUACUCUACGCCAACCAGCUCGCAACGGACGUCAACGUACAAGAGUCACUCGCGUCAACGCGGACCGCCACGUUUGCCAGCUUUGGUCACUGUACACUGAUCGUGCUCAACCAGCACGCAACGCCAAAAGAGGCAGCAACGGCCGCGCCCGUCGCCAAGCCGAGUGGCAUCGAUAUCUCCAAGGUGACGCAAGCCAACAACUUGCUUCCGCCUGGCGCGUGGCUCACGCUGGACGACGCGCUUCUUUACAGCAAGCAAGGCUGCAAGGUGCUUUUGGUGGUUGUAGCAUUUGAUGCGCUCGAGGUCGCACUCAAUCCGCUCUACCUCGUUGGUGUCAACCGGCUGUUUGAAAAGCUCUUUGAGUGGAAGAACCAGGUGCCCGGGGCCGACCGAGAGCUGCACCUUGUGACGUUAGGGCCCGCGCUCACAACGUACGUGAUCACGGACCAGCGGAGCCAGGGCGUGUGUCGCUUGCAGCAGCUCGCGUCGAUCUCGACGCCGACGCGCGCAUCGUCGACGCCUCUGUACCCGCCGAGCGGUGCGAUCACCAAGCGUUUUCUGUACGCCAAGCAAGGCACGGACGCUGCGGACGCCUCGCGGAGCUUUGUGUCCUUCGCGUACUUUUCGGACCUCGAUCGCGUCGAGGGCCAUAUGCAGCCGGUCAUCGAGCCCUACAACGUCCCGUGCAAAGCGCUGCUGGGCCCCGUUCUUGGCCGGCUCCGCGUGGUCCAGGACAGCGACACCGACAGGUACUCUGUGACGGCGACUCUGCUUCUCGAAGUCAACGCUGCCCGCGCCAUUACGUGCAUCGUUCUCGACAUUCUCUCAGGCGACGAGCGGCGCGUGACGCUAGAGCUCGCAGCGUACACACCGUCGGUCUUUCUCUUGUCGACCCUCGACGUCGACCGGCGCUACACGUAUCGCUUUGACGGUCUCGACGACGAGACACGUGGUGGGACGUUUCACACGCCGUCCGAGCACACGAGCGUACUCAACAUCGUUGCUGUGAGUUCGAAUCUCAUCCAGUUUCGAGAUCCUGCCGUUGUCAAUACGUGGCAGCUUCUUUUGCAACGGCUUUGCGUGCCGUGGCACGGUCUCGAUGUGCUGCUGCAUCUCGGUGGCCAAGUACCGCUGCAGGAAGCCGCCAUCGAGUGCACGCACUGGCUCCAAGACGAGUGCGACCGUCGGCCGAUGGACGCGGUCUCGCAGGUCGCGGCGGAACUGCGACCGCGGCUGCGCCGCCGGUUCCAGCAAGAGUACUGGGCGGCGUGGAACGUGCCGCACUUUCGCACCGUCCUCGCGUGCAUUAGCAACUGGAUGGUCCGCGCGCAAGCCGACGUGGCGACGACAUAUGGCCGGUCGCCCGAUCUGCUGCUGAAAGAAGGCGUGAGCCCGCGCACAAUCGAGAUCCUUGGCUACAUCCACGAGAUCGCCAUGGAGGUCUGGCGAGCGUACCAAGGUGCUCUGGGCUGGGGUCCCGAUGACGACGCCGACGCCGACGAACCACCGGCGGCGACGAUCGCCGAGACGCCGGCAACGACUGCCCCGAUGCUGCCGCUGUACUAUGCGCUUCGGUUCGAACACAUUGGUGUGUUUGUGUUUGAUAUGCGCAGCACGCGCGCCGGCGAUGUCAUUUCCUGCAACGGACGCCUCUCGACACCGCUACCACCGACGACACGGCCGACGAUCAGCGAGGCCCAGUGGAUGGCGUUCGAGAGCUUGCUUCGGAAGAAGAGUGUCCGAGCGCUCAUCCUCGUCAUGGAGCUCCCGCUCUUGCUGACAACACCGAAGAACGCACCUCCGACAGUCGCCGACCCAUCAUUGUACAGCGCGCUCGACCUGCAGGCGCACUGGGUGGGAUGUCCCGUGCAAUUGGACCAGCUUCUCUCGCUGCUCUUCAAGUGGAAAGAGAAAAUUGACGGCCGUGACGUGGCCGUGCUCAGUGGCAACAUGGGCUUCGGCCUCGAGACGACCAUCAAGGACAAAAACUCGAAUUUUGAGUUGCACAACUACACGACGGGCCCGGUAACCUCGGCUGUGCAGCCGUUCCCGUUUGUCGACCGCGGCGCGUUUGAGAAGCGUUUUGAGUUUGAGCAGCGCUUUGUGUCGCCACUGCCCAACUACGUGCUCUUGGAAGUGACGCUGACGUCGCAGAUCGUCGACGCGUCACUCACAAUGACGCGUGCGUCGUCGAUCGGGGACGUGCUGCAUUCGGCCAACGCCCAUGUACUGCACGCACCGACGCGCCUCCUCCGACGUCCGCCGUGGUGGCGUCGCUACUGUCUCCAGAACGAGCGGGCGUUCUGGACCACGAUCGUUGUCAACAGCGUUUCUAGCCAAUCGGUGCUUGCCACGUAUUUGGCCGACGACAAGGGGUACCUCAAUGCGACCAAGCGCUGGUAUGCCAAGUACAACUUUGUCGAUACGACCCGUCUCGCCGACCUCCAGAGCAGCUCGACCAGCCCCGAGACGCUGCUGGCAACCUUGCACGACGUCGCCAAGGACAUGUGGGCCACGUUUCCGCCCGCCAUCAAAGAGACGGUCGCCGUCCUCAGCGACGUGUUUGUCGUCGAUCUCGCCCUCGAAGAACUCCAGCUCGACCUCAGCGGCCCCAUCGACGUCGAGCGGUUCCGCGCCAUUUGCACGGGCCUUGCCAAAGGCGCGUGCGCGCUCAAGGCGGCGGCGACGUUGGCAGCCGAAGACGCAGCGAUUGCAUACGAGGCCGACCGCGUGGCCAAGCUCGAGCUGCAACGGACCUUGGAGGCGGCGACCGACAAGGCGGCCUCCGAUGCGGCCGCGGACGCCGUGGCGAUGGCGGCGCUGCAAAAAACCAAUCUCCUCGAGUAUGCCCAAGAGAUGAACAAGCGCGAGAAGGACCGGCUGGAGAAGGAGGCGGCCGACAAGGCGGCGGCCAAGGCCGCCAAACGCGCGGCCCGCGAAGCCGAGAAGCUCUAUCACCACGACGAAGACGUGGCGCUGCACAAGGAGAAGAAGGCGCUUGCAGCGCUCAAGGGUCGCAUCGAGGCGCACUACGCGUCGUUGGGGCAGACACCCGAGUACGAAGCCAUGGAGAUCGAGUACGGUCGUCGGACGCGCGAGGUGCAUGGGCGGCAGCAGCGACGGGACGAGUCCAAGGCCCGCGAUGCCAAGACCAAGACCAAGGCAGAGACGAAGGCAUCCACGUAAUUGUAGCAUCGUCCUUAUCUAUCUCGCCUGCUCGUUAUGGAGCGCUUCGCACUCGUCAAUCCAGUCGGUGUACACGU